AGAAGAAGAAGAAGAAGAAGAAGAAGAAGAAGAGUGUUGCCAAGUCCGCGGUUUUCUCGCGGAUUAGCCUACUUUAACGCUGUUGCCGCUGGUUGAAGCGAACCCAGUAACGUCAUAUUUAACCAAUGGAAUUCGAAUUAACCAGGGUAACCCCGACAAAAAAAAACAAAAAAACAAACAAUAACAAAAAACUAAACCAAACAACAACGUAUAGUUUACACAUUGGAACCCCCGCCCCCGGCCAAAACGCGAUUGGGCUAGUUUUAGGCUAGUUUUGGGCUAGUUUUAAGUAGCAAUUGGGCGGGUUUUGUUGUAAAGAUCCUGGCAACCCUUGUGAUAAACCUGUUUCGAAGAGAAGAGGAAUAGACCGCACAAUUGGGGACAUCUUUCUCAAAUAAACACGGAGGUGAUCCAUCUGUCGGGACAUGGCUCGGGAUUUCAAACCUGGUGAUCUGAUUUUUGCUAAAAUGAAGGGUUAUCCCCACUGGCCUGCAAGGAUUGACGAGAUUCCAUAUGGAGCUGUCAAACCAUCAAAUAUAAAGUUUCCUAUCUUCUUUUUUGGCACUCAUGAAACAGCAUUCUUGGGUCCAAAAGACAUCUUUCCAUAUUUGCCUAAUAAAGACAAAUAUGGCAAACCUAACAAAAGGAAGGGGUUUAAUGAAGGCUUGUGGGAAAUUGAAAAUAACCCUAAAGUGGAGCUUAACGGACAUAAGAUAAUGAAUACUGGAGCAGUUCCUGUCAAGGACUUAAACAGCAGUCAAGAGGGGGAUGAUGAGAAGAGGAGAAAGUCUGCUCAAGUGGCUGGCAGUGAUGAGGAGGAGGGGGAGAAAAAUGAAUGUGGUGACAUGGAGGUUUCUGAUCAGGGACAUUUGAAAGAUGAAAUGGCAACUCAAAUGGCCUCCACAGUCACCAGAUCUCAAUGUGGGGGAAUGAGAGAUUCUAAAAGUGGACGUGCAGCUGUAGUCCACAUUCCAAAUUUUUUCACAGACAUGAAAAUAUAUUAAAAAAAUGUUAUUAGUAACCUUUGAUUCAUCACAAUUGUGACAGACAUUAUUAUUAUUAUUUGAAAAGUGUGUGAAAAAUUGUUUUAUGGUCUGUCACAAUUGUGAUGGGUGGGAUAAUGUGUAUAAUAACUUUUUUUGUCAUUAAAAUUGUAAUAUCUUAGCCCAGCUAUUUUAAACUGUCUGAUCACAUUCUAAGGUUACUAUUAUGCAUUAAAAACCCUUAUAUAUUUUUUUAUUAUAGGUAGGUUUCCUAAAAAUGUAUAAUUUUGAUCAAAAAGUUGAGAAAAAUCACAUUUUCUAUCAAAAACUACAUCUGGCUACGAUUUUCAAAGCAUAAAUCCUGUAUUUGCAUUAUUUUUCAUAUACAUCUGUUUACAUCAGAGAGUGCUCGUUUCUCCAUCCUGUUUGCGGGGAAGUCGUGGCCUAAUGGUUAGAGGGUUGGACUCC